GGUUAUUUAUUGUCAUAGUGUGUGUACCUUGAAACCUCAUUCCGGUCAUACAUACACGGGCGAUAUGCACGAUUGUCUCUCUCUCUCUCUCGCGCUCACAUUUGACCGGCCGAGGAUCACAAGGGCUGUAUGUGCGUAGUAAAGCAUAGUCAUACAUGACGCUAAGCAUAGUGCGUUAUAACGCACGCACAAAGGUAUUAAUAAAAAAAGGGGGGGAGAUUUUUCACUCUCUGUGAGAGAGUGUAUGUAUGUCUGUUUGCGUGCUUGUUUGGAGAGACAAAGGAAGAGAGACAGUGAGAAAGUAAAGGGCGAAAUAAAGAAAGGGGUUAUUUGCUACCCAUCUUGCACUCCAUGAUGGAUCAUCAUCAAGCUGUCGAUGACGCAGACACCGAUGUCACCAACUUUGGCAGUGUUUCAUACUUUCAAGAUCAAGUCAACAGUUAUGAAUUCAGUGUCACUCGCUACAAUGGAUCCACCUAUGUUUCACCACGAUUCAAACAAAAACAACGCGUCGAGCUCAAGAUUGGCAUUUUGUUGCCUUUUCAUCAAAAGAACGAUAAUUACACCAGGGAAUUAACACUCAGCGGCACUUCAGCGAUCCGCAUGGCUGCUGCAGAAAUCAACGUGCAGGAAUUGAUUCCGGGGGCUUACAUUACACUUGUCGAGAAAGACUCGUUUCCAAAAGAUGUUGAAGGCCAGGGUGCCAUCACCCAAGCUGUGGUUGCUGCCGUAUCGCUUGUUCAAGAAGGCGUCAUUGGCGUCAUUGGUGAUAUUUCAUCGUCCUGGACUUCCUUGUCAGCACUUAUCACUAGCACCCUGCAGAUCCCUCAGUGUUCAUAUACAGCCGUUGCAGCAUCGCUUGCCGAUCGAUCGCAGUAUGGUCACUUCUUCCGUACGGUGCAGACACCUUUUUUGUUUGCUGAUGCAGCGCUUUCGUUUGUCACUAGUCGGGGGUGGCCAAGUGUGGGUAUGCUUUACUCAAAUGACGAGUUUGGAAAACAAUUGUCACAGUAUACAAUCAUGAAGGCCAAGAAUCAAGGUGUGCAUAUGCAGUCGUAUCAGUCGUUUUACGACGACACUGCAUCCAUUAGUCAAGUGGCCAAGGACAUCGACGCAUUUCUAUCGACAGGCGUACGCAUUGUUCUUAUUGCUGCACAAGGUGAUGCACAGCUGACAGCACUUGCUGUUGCAGCGCAUCGGGGAUACAUGGAUGAGAAUCACGUGUGGAUUGUCCUCGCACCUGUCCAGGACUUGCAAGAGAGCAUUGCCAGCUUUAAUGCGAUACUCGUUCGUCGAAGCCAAGGCGAACAAUUGAAUGAGGCGAACCAUGUCGGCAUGCAGGAUGUGUCACAAGAGACGCUCGAUAGCAACCAAACGGCGCAAAGCUGGGUCACGCCACUGGACUAUCUUGCAUGGACAACAAGUGAUACACAAUCUAUCUCGUAUCAAACAGCCUUUUCAGGUGGCAUAUUUUCGUUUCGAUCAAGCAAAGAUUUGAGUGGAUAUCAGCCUUUCGACGACUUUUUGGAAAAAUGGUCUCAUUUAGACCCAACUUUGUAUCCAUUUGCAGGAAUACCUCAAGUCAGUCCGCAUGUCGGGAUGGCAUAUUCAUGCAUGAUGACGAUGGCAAGAGGUUUCACGCAAUCACUCCUCCAUACGUCACAAAACAAUACGGCUGCACUUCACAAUUUAACCAGCGGUGAUCUAGGAGAGACGCUUGUGCCAACUGCAUUCAACACUGGUUACCAAGGUCCUGAAGGUCCCAUUGUCUACAACCAGGAUGGCGAUCGAACCACAGGGAAUUUCCGUGUUUUCAAUAUACAGCACGGCGAAGAUGUCCAAAUUGGAACAAUUUUUGCAGGCGAAUUGAAUCUAACCUCGCCACCUCUCUAUUUCAAUGGGGGAGCUAUGACACCAACGGGAAUGCCUGGAAAAGAGUCGAUCAAUCCAGGCUAUCAUACUGCCAUCUCACUUAUAAUUAUUUCGUUUGCAUCAUUCGGUGUAUUCGUAGCCCUCGUUUCUGCCUGCUCAGUGAUCACGUACAAACGUCAUCAAACAAAUAUCUCCACGCUCAAAUCAAGUAUUCUCGAAUUGACGGGAUUUCUCCUGCUGUAUAUAUCUGUGUUUUUCUUUUCAGCCGAUCGUGCUCGGUCCGAUUGCUUUAUAAUCCCUAUCUCAUUUCACCUAGGUUUCGAUCUCGUGCUUUGCUGCCUCAGCAUCAAAUUAUAUCAUAUCUACCAAGUGCAUAAUAAUAUCUACAUUUCCGGUCCAUUAUUGUCGGAUCGACGCUUCCUUCAGAUUUGUAGUGGCGCUCUGCUUGCGCCAGUGAUCGGGCUACUCAUCUGGCUGCCAACUACGUCCUCGAGCAUUCAAACAAUCAACACUCCCGUGUCAACUAACACGUAUUAUACGCGAUGCGAUUAUGGUAGCCAACAUCAGGUUUUUGUUGCCCUUAUCAGCCUAAUCGCUGCUUUGUUCCUUGCCGUGGCAGUCAUUCUCGCCUUGAGAACGCGCGGUGUACCUGGGCGAGCACCCAAAUAUAGCGAAGUCAAAUACAUCAAUCUCGCCGUAUACAACAUCUUUUUCUCCACUUUUAUUGGUUUCACUGUGUUUCGGACAGCCACUGCUGACUACUUUACGCGACAUUAUCUCUCAGCAGCCAUGAUAGUAUGGGGUAGCACUGUAUCACUUUUAGUGCUCUACCUACCCAAGCUGCAUACUAUUUAUAUCAAAGACAAUCCUCAUGCGCGUAAAUCAUUGGGACGACUUUCCAAUGCCAGCCAGUUACGGUGGGGCAAUCAGCAGCAACAGCAGCAGCAGCUCCAAUCAAACCAGGGCAGAUCAUUUACGCCUGCAGGAGAAAUAGUCAGUAUCAACCGAAUGAUCAACAACACGUCUGGUCCGUUUGUUUACAAUAAUGGCUUGUCAUCAUCAUCGUCUCAAAGCGCACGUCAACGUGUUCAUCAGCGACACCAACUCACGACAGGCUCAAGUAUCGAUGCCGAGGCAUAUGAAUGUCGAAUGGCCGUUCAAGUCGUCUAUCGAUACUUUGCCCAUCUCGGUGCAUGGGACAUGAAGCAUAUUGUUCUGUUUCCACGAAUCGGAUACUUCUCCUUUGUUUCGGAAAAAUCACACAAAGGCCUUGUUUUCCAUUACGUGGAGGCAUCAAUUGUUUCAUCUAUGGAUGGAGGGUACAUCCUCAAGGUACAUGGCACUGGGCAGACGGAUGUCCUUAUGCAAGUAGCACGUCACGAAGAUCUGGAUAUUUGGUACGAGCGGUUCAAUGUCUACAGCAAGCUGCAACAAUGCCAACAAGCCUACUUUAACACCGGAUCCGAUCUCCCGCCAGCGCAGCAAGUAAUUGGUCCAUUUGCUGGUGGUGGUAAUGGUGUACAUCAGAACCAUACAACUGCUACGGAAACGACAACGAUGACGAGUUUUUUGACUAGUAGAGACAAUUCAGGUCAUUAUCAGGGUAGCACCCGCGGUCGCGGAUUGGGCUAUGAUGACGACAACGAUAGUGAAGAUGGUCAAGCAGGAAGCAAGAAAUCAAAUAAGAAAAACGCCAAUGAGAAUGACAAUUACGAUGAAGAAACAAGUGAAUUAUCCUGGGCAGCUGUGGAUAGUUAUCGACAAGGACAUGGGGCAUCUGAGAACAAUCGAAGCCACAGUGGUAGUCAACAUAAUCCCUUCCGUUAUUAGUUCUAGCUAGCUGGUUCGUUCGCUCUCACACUUAUCUUUUUGUAUGUACAUUUUAUUUCUUCAAGACAACACAAGCAGCACAUUGUAGACCCCGGCAUCAUUAAGACAAAUAUUUGCACUGCCCACAGAAAAUUUUGAUUUCAUUAACU